AUGCUGCGCUUCCCAAAGCAUGCGCAGGGUGCGCAGGACACGUGUCUGAUUGUGCUUCACGGCACAUGUCGCGGUGUGUCAUCAACACCACGACGGAUGCAACUGCAGCAUCGUGACCGCAUUCUCGGCUCGCAUGGCGCGGGUCUUGUGAAUCACCAGUCGAUGGCAACGGUGAACAUCCGUCCUAACUUCUCCCGGGUGCAAACCGCCGCACCGGCAGCCGACCUUUUUCGCACCAAAGUGCACGAGGGCCUCGGCACUAGCGACAAGGACCCGUACCAACGCACGCUACCGAAUCAAGAGUCCCGUCCACCAGAAAGCACCGUGCUGCGCGCCGCUGCGACGACUGCGCCGUCGCUCGAGGAGCAACAGUCUCUGCACCAGAGGUGGGGGACGCUGCAGUACUGGCUCGGCGACCAGCACCCACGCCUGCCUCUCUUUCUUGAAGGACUGCUUGUCAAGGACGCACUGCCUGUUUCGCCAGUAGCUGAGGCCAUGGUACAGAGCUUUGCUGCGGAGGUAAUCCCGGGCAUGGCAAAGCAGGCAAACCCUGGGGCGGAGGAGAGGCUGAGGGUACUCUGGAGGAAGGCGGACCAGGAGUACAGUGACCUGAGAAGGUCUCAUCUCUUUGACAAGGCCGCGUUCGAGCGCAAUCUCACCGCACUGCACGCGCGCUACCAGGCAGACAUGUCUGCAUUGUCGCCGCGCGAGGAUGGCAUUUUGGCGCUCGAGGUGCUGCGGCGGAAGGCCAUUACGGAGCGGAACGCUUUCCUGCAGGAGGAGCUCUUGCCGAUAGUACGCAACCGCCUAUACUUUGGCCACGGGGAUGGUGUGUGGCGUGUCUUUUUUGACAGCGUUGCGGCACACAAGGGGGACCUCUUCUCCUCCUCCAAGUCUCCUGUUAGCGUCACCCUUGGCUUUGCUUGGGAAGCACUCAUGAUGGAAGAUGCGGUGCGCACCCCUGCCAUGACGGCUCACGUGGCUCUCUACCUGCUACUAGUGUCGAUCUCUGAAAGCCAUAGUCGCGCUCCUGCGGAACUGAAGGUGAUGUCAACUCACCUCGACGAAGGCAUCAAUGCCGCCGAGGAACACGUGAUGACCGCAGCGUUCGCCAACCUGAGCCCGAUUGUUAAGCGUCGCUUUGCCACAGAAGCCCUGAAAGCGUUGCUGGGAGAAAUGAGGGGGUGUGGCCGUCUCGCAAAGGCUCUGCGUUCCGCCGGACUGUAUCACUUGAGCCGCGACGUUGCGCUGUGUGAGGCAACGCUGGACGACCGACAGCUCUUGCGGGCAGAUGUGGAGAACAUAGUGGACCGCUUCGACAGUACCGCUGAGGUGAAGUCGCUGCUGCACUCGCUGAUGAGUGGGACGGAAGUUGCCAUCAAGGCGCACGUCAGCCACGUUUUUCAGCUCUCUAGUGCUGCGAGCAAGAUCCAUCACGUCGUAGACUGGGACGCUGCUAUGGCUGCCGUCGACUGGACACACCGCUGGCGCGAGCAUGCGCGUGAGCUGCUCUCCGACCCGGCUACGUUGGAGGCGGUGUACCGCCUGCUGAAGAACGCGACUGGUGCAAAGCAGGUUACGAAGCGCCUUUUUAGUGACGUGUAUGUGGCUGAGCUGGAGGCAGCUCUGCACCGACGCAAGGAACGUGCGGGUGCACGCAAGGCCCGGGUGGAGAAGCUUGUUCAAGAGCUCACGUCGUAUGAACAGAUAGAGAGCACUCUUGCCGUGCUACGCGUGGCGGGGACGUCACUACAGGAGCUCGAGCGUGCCGAGUCAGCCGCCGCGCUGCAGCGGACCGUGCGCCGGCCUGAGGUGGACAACAGCGUGCUUGACCUCCUCUUGGAGGCCAUUCGUCAGCGCCAUCCAUCCUGGGAGAAGUCAGGGGUCCUCCCAGCAGGCGCCUCUGAGGCAACCAAGUCAUCGAUGUGGUACUUGGAGUGCAUGACACGGAUAUACAUUCGCCUUUCAUACGUCCCACAGGCAGCAGCGGCUCUCAUGGCGCAGCGAACACGUCGCCGCCUUGGCCCUGUCGGGACGGAGCUGACGCAGUUCAACGUGCCAACGGAGAUGGGUAUGGUAGAGCAGUACGACAACUUGCAGUACAAGCGGUACGACUGGCAAGGCUGGUACCAGCGCAUGGUGGACAUUCACAACCGCAACGUCUCCAUUAAGUGCCGCCUCGACGAUUUGAAGCGGCUGGACGCCUACGGAAAUCCGUUUGUGGAGAUGCAAGUGGAAAGGCGCCUGCGCAUUCUCGCUGAUCAUCGCGUUGGCAUGGGGGUGCUGAAGCUUGACAGUGACAAGUACGAGGAUCAGUCCGAUAAUGUAACCUACGGCUCAGCAAAGCUGUCUGAGCUGCUGGCGGACGCUCGCAAGGCGCAGCUGGGCAGGGAGUACUGGCCCUCGGUCGAGGUGAAGGUGCGCCGCCCGUCUGGGCAGAGCAAGACGUACUACUCCGUUCUCGAUGAUGCCCGCAUCGAGGCGAAGAGCGUGGAGCUCUACGAGAAAUACCGCGAGGCAAAGAAGCGCAGUCUCUUCGUAACGCCGAUGGACAUUUGGUUGGACGUGAAGGGCAUGCAGGUGCGCAAGACGGCUCAGACGGCAGACGCACAAGGCUACACAGUGGAUGCCCUGCAAGACGCGAUGGACCAUGACAGUAAUGACAAACAUUGA